AUGUACGCCGCUCAGAAUAUAACGCCAACAGUUUUGGAUGCCAUGAAUGGAAAUGUUUCCGAAUGGUAUAACGAAUGCGACAAUGCCAUUAGAAGGUCAGAAAUAGUUCCUGGAACUUACGAAUAUACAACUGCUGUUUCUUAUGGAAACGUAGGUGAGUUUGGAGAAGGUUCUUCAACAACAGUAGAUAUUGCUUGCGACAGGUUUCAUAUUAUUUCUAUUGACAACUCUUUCUUAUACGUGGAACAAGACAUUGAAAUAAAACCUUCUGCCAAGUUGUCUGACAAGAAAGGUUGCAAUGGAAUUUUCUAUGUCGGAUACCAAUAUGCUCCAGAAGUUUUCAUGGGAUAUAAGAUAUAUUCUAACUCUGACUUAGUUCAAACAGUAACAUGGGCAAACUAUGAAUGGUUCGCUUUGAGAAACUCAGUACAACCACAAGCUAGAGAACAAACAGACCA